UUCACGAAAAAGAGUCAUCACACGUACAAACUACCAGAACAAUACAAGCAAUAACAAUAACCUUGAUGCAACAUUACAACAAAGAGAACUGUUGCUAGACUCCCCAGUCCCCAUGCUAGGCCAUCAUAGUGAAGCUUAAUUUUGGCAAUUCUUGAUCUCUCUUUCUCUCUCUCAAAUUGGCACACUUCUUUCUCCAUUCUAAUGCAAUAAUACUCUAAUCAUUUUAAUGUCUAUUGUGAUUGAUGAGAGAACAAUAACAUAAGUUUCACUCCCCAAAGCCCAAACACCACCAUCUUCUCCACACCAUGAAGAAGCUGUUCCUCCUUGGCACCUGGAAGCGCAACCGCUGGAAGCAAAGGUUUCGACUUUUCACCACCCUUUUGGAAGAUUUGGAUACCGCUCGUCUCCGUCACGUGAUCGCCACCAACAUUUCCAUUAGCAGGAGAGUUAAAUCCGGCGAACUUGAAUUAGCACGCCACCUGUUCGACGAAAUGCCGCUUCGAACUGUUUCCACUUGGAAUACUAUGAUUUCCGGAUAUUCGCAAUGGGGCUGCUACGUUGAAGCUCUGGCCCUUGCUUCCCUCAUGCACCACUCUUGCGUCAAGCUUGACGAGGUCUCUUUCUCUUCGGUGUUGAGCGCAUGCUCACGUUUUGGGACACUGGUUCAUGGGAAGCAAGUUCAUUCAUUGCUUUUGAGGUCUGGGUACGAGAGAUUUGGCAUUGUGGGGAGUACUUUGUUGUAUUUUUACGUUCAGUGUUCUGGAAUUGGAGAAGCUGAGGUAGUUUUUAAGGAGCUUCAUGGCGGGAAUGAUGUGUUAUGGAGCCUUAUGCUUGCGGGUUAUGUGCAGCGUGACAUGAUGGGUGAGGCUCUGGACAUGUUUGAAAAGAUACCUGAUCGUGAUGUUGUAGCCUGGACCACGUUGAUCUCUGGGUAUGCGAAGAGGGAAGAUGGGUGUGAGAGGGCUUUGGAUUUGUUUUGGUGUAUGAGGAGUUCUGGGGUGUUGCCUAAUGAGGUCACGUUGUGCACUGUUGUGAGAGUUUGCACUAGACUGAGGGCUCUUUGGCAGGGGAAGGUUGUUCAUGGGCAUUGCAUCAAGGAAGGGUUUGCUUUUGAUAAUGCGAUUGGUGGUGGGUUGAUUGAGUUUUAUUGUGAUUGUGAAGCCAUAGAUGAUGCCAAGAGAGUUCAUGAGAGCAUGAGAGGAGAAACUUAUUUGAAUCUGACUAACUCGUUGAUUGGUUGCCUUAUCUCCGCGGGAAAGAUUGAAGAAGCUGAGAUGAUAUUUUACAGGUUGAGAGAGACGAAUCACGUAUCAUAUAAUUUGAUGAUUAAAGGUUAUUCUAUGAGUGGUCAUUUUGAGAAGUCAAAAAAAUUAUUCAAUCAAAUGAGUCUCAAGGAUAUAACUUCCUUAAAUACUAUGAUAUCUGUGUACUCCAAAAACGGUGACCUUGAUGAAGCUGUGAGGCUUUUUGACAAAACUAAAGAUCAGAAAAACCCUGUGACAUGGAAUUCAAUGAUGUCUGGUUAUAUUCAAAAUGGCCAGUACAUGAAGGCAUUAAAAUUAUACGUGAUGAUGCGUAGGUUAUCAGUUGAUUAUAGCAGAUCGACGUUUUCUGUCUUAUUUCGUGCAUGUUCGUCUCUAGGUUCUUUUCAACAAGGACGGUUGCUUCAUGGCCACUUAACCAAGACACCGUUCCAAGCAAAUGUUUAUGUUGGGACUGCCCUUAUAGACUUAUACUCCAAAUGUGGUCGCUUGGCUGAUGCUCAAAGGUCAUUCCUCAGCAUUUUUUCACCCAAUGUAGCCGCAUGGACAGCUCUUAUCAAUGGGUAUGCAUAUCAUGGACUUGGAUCCGAGGCAAUUUUACUCUUCCAUUCGAUGUUAGUUCAAGGAAUUGAGCCAAACGCUGCUACUUUUGUUGGCAUUCUUUCUGCCUGCUCUCAUGCUGGUCUAGUUGAUGAAGGUUUGAAAAUCUUCCACUCGAUGGAGGAACUUUACAAGGUAACCCCAAGCAUAGAACAUUACACAUGUGUGGUGGAUCUUCUUGGUCGAUCAGGCUAUGUAAGAGAAGCUGAAGAGUUUAUUAGAAAGAUGCCUAUUGAAGCCGAUGGGGUGAUUUGGGGAGCUUUACUGCAUGCAUGUUGGUUCUGGAAGGACAUGGAAGUAGGGGAGAAAGCUGCUGAAAAGUUGUUCAGCUUGGAUCCGAACCCAACAGUGCCUUUGGUAAUUCUGUCAAAUAUGUAUGCGGUGCUAGGUAGAUGGGGGCAGAAGUCAAUUCUUAGGAAGAGAUUGCAGAGUUUAAAAUUGAGAAAAGAUCCAGGGUGCAGCUGGAUUGAAUUGAACAACAAUAUUCAUCUGUUCUCUGUAGAGGAUAAAACACAUCCUUAUUCUGAUGUUAUUUAUGCAACUGUAGAGCAUUUAGCAGCAACCGUUAAUUCUGUCAUACCCUUCAAUUAUCUCUAUAUCAGCAACAGCAAACAUCAUGGAUAAUGCAAAGCUGCAAACUGCGGAUCCUAUGUUACAUCAGAUUUGGCCACUGAACUGAGUAUUUCUCUUGAGAGACCAUUGAGCUUUAACUAUUUUAGCAUCAAUCAUGCGAAGGAUCAACAUACCACUGUUUGCCUCUAAAGCAAUAAUGAAAUUACUUGAUUGUGUUCAUCAUUUAACAUAUUUUACGCUUUCAUCAGAAGUAGCUGAUGUGAGUGAGGGAGAACAAACCAGCUACCAUUAAAGGUUUUACUGCUGAAUCUCAUUGCCUCAUAGGGUUCUUUAACACUUCAAUCUGAAAACGACAGCAAUUGGGAAAAUCCAGCAUGGGGCCUGUGAUUUCCUUUUAACUUCUAUGAAUACUAUCUGAUAUUUCCUUACCUACAGCAAAUGUACUAUUUGUAAGUAUUCACAUUUUAAUUCGAAGACUGACUGCUCAGUUUUGCUUAAUUAACAUGGGACUUUUGGAAGUAAGAACAUUGGCAAGAUAGCAUUAUUACUUUUUGAGUUAUAUGAAUUUUGUUGGAUUAAUAUUUAUAACAAAAGCCACAUUUGGCUCAUUGGAGUAAAGUUAUUUGCAUAUUACUUUCCGCGCAUUAUUUUAUUUAGAAUCUAUGCAUAAAUAGGCCAAUUCUUAUACAAAAAUUAAAAUGAGAUACAUUUUGCAUCAAAAUUUUGCAAGGCAAUUUCCUGAAUUUAAUUUUGAUGCAUUAUCGUUAUAAAGUAGUUUUACACGUGCAUCUAAUUAUGAUAUUAGGCUUCUUCUUCUGGAAGUUUGUUGUGAGGUUUUCUGCUAUGCUAGGUGGAUAGAGAGUUAGCUUCAAAUGGGAAAUCCCCGGAGAAGUUGAAAGGAGCUGGUUCCUUUCUUAUAAAAGUAUUUGGUGUUCUUGCAGUAUGUAUUCUUCUACAUAUUGGUUACUGUUUCUAAUUUUAAUGUGCAGCAUAUACUUUAAUGGUGUGAGAUAUAUAUAUUUUGUGUGAGUGAGCAAGGGGGAAUCACCACAGUCGCUUCUUUAUUGUCUUGCUUGCAAUACAGGGAAAUCGCAAUAUAGGAAAAAGGUUCUAUGCGUAUUGGAGUGUAACUUGUCAGUUGUUCAAGAUUUACUUUAAGCUGGGUACAGUUCAUCUUUGUUGUAGUGUGAUAAGAAGUAUUGAAAGGAGCACACAUAUUUGACUUCGAGGAAUUUCCUAAGAGAGAUAAGGUAAUAUUGAAAUAUGAUCUAUAUGCAAUUGUUGAUCCAAAGUCAUUAUUGUUCAUGAAUGAGUAUAACACCAUUGAAUAUAGUGGUGAUACAGCUGCAAACCCAGUCAAUUAUAUUGCGAAAAUGGCGCAGAUUCAGUCAUUUCCAAGGUAUGAAGGAAUAUCAGCAACAAUAGGGCCGCUGCAAGGCCAUUUCACUGCUGGGCCGCCAAAUCUUACUUACAUGAGAGCUGCUCUUGAUGCUUUUGAUACUGCUUCACUUCCAAUAUAGCUUAUAGAAGUGUGUGUGAAUUGAGAUCCAAACCAGGUAUUUGCUAAACUCAAAACAACGUUGAAGGGAAUUGUUAGCUUUAAGAUAUAAAAACAUAUGCUAAUUUGAUCAGUGUCGUUCUUAGAAUUUGAUAGACACUAUCUUAGAAUUUUAGAAUAGAGUUGUACUAUUUUAAUUAACUAUAGCUUAUGACUUAAUAA